ACACAUGUUUGUAGUCAACAAACAAACACUCAGUCAUUGACUGAAAGUUUGGUUUUUAAAGUUUGAGUGAUAAACACAAAUCAUAUGAUGUCUGAUCCCAUCCCAAGACUUAAUGCAAAUACAAGUUAUGAGUACUUCUAUAACCAAUUCUUAGUGCAAAACAAAGUCUGUAUAUUUGAGGGAUUGACUCACUCAUGGAGAAGUUGUAAGGAAUGGCAGACAAGUGAUGGUAAACCAAAUUUGGAUCUCUUGAGCCGAUUAUUCGGCGAGGCAUUGGUUUGUGUCUCUGAUUGCAACGCAAAGUAUUUCAACUCAAACCCCAACCAAGAGAUGACUUUCAAUGAAUACAUCGAUUACUGGAAAAGAGUGCAAAGACUUGAUCACAACUAUUCCUCCAAUGAUUUGAAGAUAUUAUACCUAAAGGACUGGCAUUUUGUCAGUCAGUUCCCCGACUAUAAUGCAUACGAAAGACCCGUUUAUUUUGAGUCCGAUUGGGUUAAUGAGGCCUUCAUUGGACACCAACUCAACGAUGACUUCCGAUUCGUAUAUAUGGGACCAAAACACUCCUCAACUCCAUUACACGUGGAUGUCUUCGGAUCAUUCAGUUGGUCGGCCAACAUAUGCGGUACAAAGAAAUGGCUGAUUAUUCCUCCGGGGAAUGAGCCGCAGAUCAAAGCCCUUAACGGCAAUCAAAUGCCACAUAAUUUCCACUCAAUUACCGACUCGUCGACUCAUUUGCGAGCUAUGAAUGGCUUUGAAGUGAUCCAAAAGAGCGGUGAAAUUAUUUUCAUUCCCAGCGGUUAUAUCCAUGAAGUAGUCAACACAGAGGACACCAUCUCUAUUAACCACAACUGGUUUAACGCAACUAAUAUUCACUUCAUUUUCUGGUUAUAAUACG